AUGCCUCCAAAGAAAGAUGCAAAGGAUACCAAGACUAGUAAGAGUAAGGAAACAGACGGAACGACCAAGAAAGCGCCAACUGCUUACAAUAUUUUUAUGAAAACUGAACUUCCUAAGGUCAAGGCCGAAAAUCCUGGCAUGGAUCACAAGGAAGCGUUCAAACUUGCCGCUAGCAAUUGGAAAAAUAGCGCAGAUAAUCCAAAGAAUAAAGCUGAAUAA